ACUCCACGAGCUCCCGCCCGCCGGCGGCCACCCCGCCGUCGCGGCCUCACUCAGGGCGUGAUUGGUUGUGGUGCGUGCCUCGGACCAGAAUGGCCGGACGGUGCAGGCUCAAAGCAACCAGGGUGCGUGCCUCGGACCAGGAUGGCCGGACGGUGCAAUGUGCAUGAUGCUGGUAAUCAUGAUUGGUUGUUUUUGUUGUUGAUCCUGUAUGGGAUGAAAUUUUGUUUGGAUGCAUGCAAGUAUCGAAGUUCUAGGUGACUGGCACAUGGGCCCAUGCACCAUGCAUGCACCAAGUCAUCCUGACUCUAGAGGGAAGGGAGAUUUCUGCAAACAGAGGGAUACGGGAUUAGAGGGGUCAAGUGAACGAGGUGGUGCAGGCAUAUGGUGCGGGUGAGGGAACCAAACUAGGUCCAAGUGCACGAAACGGUGCCGGAUCGCCCCUAGGAUGACCCCCUCCCUGCUACCAAUCACGCCCUCACUCGAUCACGCUACGGACCAUCAGCACGCAACCCACAGGGGCGCGGGUUGUGGGCUCAAAACACGGACCGUUGCAGUUCAAGACUCGCCUCUCGUCGUUGACCCUGCUGGGCUGGUGCGGUCGAAAUGCUGUUGAGGCGCGGUAUCGCCAAUCCUAUCUGGCUUCCACAAGCCCGUACGUUACGUGCCUUUCGGUGUUUGAGAUUCGUGUAGAUAACCUGCAUCGUUAGAUGCUACUUCCUCCCUUAACCCUAGCCUGCCGCAGCCUCCUCCCGAGCACGUCGCGCGCUGCUCCUCCUGCGACGCGCCGCCGUGGCUCCUUUCCACCGCUCCUCUGCCUCCUGCAUGCCACCGCCCGCCACCCCAUGCCCCGCCGCAUCCUGUAUGCACCGCGGCCCCACGCUCCACUGGCUCCCGCGUUGCUGUUGCCCGUCGCCGGAGAAGAAACCGAUCGAGAUAUGGAAAUGUUGAUGUCUAUUCAAAAAAAUGUUGAAAUCCAUUCCUUUCAAAUGUUGAUGCAGUUAUCGAUAAAUGUUGAAAUGGGUUGGAAAAAUGUUGAAAAUAGUAUACAUUUUUUUAAAAAAAUGCUGAAUGUGGUAUUUCUAAAUGUUGAAUGUAAUCUUCCGAAAUGUUGAAUUUUACAUAUAUAGAAGUUGGACCUAUUAGUUGGGCCUAAUAGGCUUUAAAGCCAUAUUGCUUAUCCAACACAUGGAAGCUACAUAGGAUACCGGGAGCCCCCGGUAUCGCCAAUCCGUUACUUGGCUUCCACCGCUUUAAGAUUCGUGCACGCUGGGUACUGUCGAUCCUCUUCCUCUUCCUCCACUCUUCCUUCUCUCUCGCGCCGGUGCUACCUCCCCAAGCCGUCGCCGCCUCACGCGCUGCCGAGGGUCGAGUCCGGAGGAGCAGCAGGCGGCGAGGUUGCCACUGGCGGGGGUGGUGGUCAAGGCGGCGGCAGGGUUAGGGUUAACUUUGUAAUGUGUUCAUACUAUCUGCAAUGUGUCAUACUAAUAAGCGUUGUUACUGCUAUAUAUAAUCCCCAGAUCAAAUGCAGCAUUGCCUCAAACAAACAGCCAGACACCUCGUUUUACCAUCUAGCACAAACCACAAUCUACUCAACCAAUCAACAUGUCAUGGGAGUGGUCUGUUGGACUCUGCAGCUGCUUCGGAGAUGUCGGCUCCUGUAUCACUGUUGCUUGACUUGCUGGUGCCCCUGCGUUACAUUUGGUCGUGUUGCUGCGGUUGUGGACAGAGGCUCCACAUCAUGCUGCAUGAACGGGACCCUGUAUGUUCUGCUACUGUCCAUAGGUUGCCAGUGGUUGUAUACUUGUAGCAAACGCUCCUCAAUGCGGGCGCAAAACAACCUACAAGAAUCGCCGUGCUUGGACUGCUGUGUCCACUUCUGGUGCGACACCUGCGCGCUGUGCCAGGAGUACAGAGAGCUCGAGAAGCGCGGCUUCAAUAUGGCCAAAGGAUGGGAAGGUAGCAACAAGGUGGUGGGGUGUGUAGAAGGGAUGAGGCUGCCACGAAAGCAAUCAAUGUGCUUCUAGGAUAGCAAAGUUCAAGAGUUUGCUUACCAUGAUGAUUGGUGCUUCCUUUUCAAUUUUUUCCCUUCUUUUUAAUAUUUCGAAUUCCCUAACUUUUCCAAGUCUUCCAAUGACAGGGAAAAAAGGGCAGCCUUCUGAUCUUUGCUUAGUUUCGUACAACACUAUAAUGUUGUUAAAUUUCCA